AUCUGCUCAGGGGACCCAACUCUGUUGCAGCACCAGCUGGGUUGGUGUAGAUGGGACCAUUGUGGGAUAUCCCACCGGGAGUUGUCCCCAGCACUCCAGACUGGGGAGUCAUAAGUCUCAGUUGCAGUCUGAGCUGGUUAGUGUAGACAUGCCCUGUGAUGUCUGUGUCCUGAGCAUGCUCUUGUCUCCCCUGCAGACCAUGCUGUGCCCCACCUCACCUCACCUAGCCCUCCUGGCCCUGCUCUCCGUGGCUGACGCUGUGGGUCCAGGGGAGCCAUGCCCGUCCGAGAUGAACACGUUCAAGCACCGACUGCGUGUGAACUGCUCCGGGCAGGGGCUCAGCGUGGUGCCACUUGCCCUGCCCACAAACACCAGCAUCCUGCUGCUCAGCUCCAACCGCCUGGCGUCCGUCUCCACUGCCGCCUUCCAGCACCUCCCUGAGCUGGCUGAGCUGGACCUGUCAGGCAAUGCACUGGGGGUGCUGCACACUGGGCCCCCCCUGCCCUUGCUGCAGGAGCUGGUCCUGUCCCACAAUGCCCUGGGGGUGCUGCCCACACUGCAGGGCCUGCCUGCCCUCACUUGCCUAGUCCUGGCUCACAAUAACAUUUCAGGGCUGCUGCCAGGGGCCUUCCGGGAUGUGGGGCAGCUGACGGAGCUGAAUCUACGGGGGAACCAGCUGCGGACGCUGCCAGAAGAGGCCUUUGAGGGCCUGGCCAUGUUGAAGGACCUGGACCUGUCUGAUAACGCCCUGGAGGAGCUGCCGCGGCGGCUGUUGGCUGGGCUGAAGCUGGAUAAGCUGUCGCUGUCAGGGAACCAGCUCCGCACUCUGCCCAGCGGCUUCUUCCCCGAGGGGCACAUAUUGGCCUAUGUCUACCUAGCAGGGAACCCCUGGCGCUGUGACUGUGGCCUGGCCUAUCUGCGGGGCUGGAUUGAGGACAACGACUUCAGCAUCUACAUCCAGGAGCAGAGGCCAGACGGGCUGCUGACUGAGAAUGAUCCCCACAGCCCCGUGUGCGAUGAGCCCCUCAGACACCACGGGAGCCCUGUCCUCGAGUUCCAGCAGGCCUGCAGCAAAGCAGGGGACACAGACUUGGAUAUCGAUGGGACAAUGACAGAGGAGGGAACCCCAGUGCCCUCUGCUACUGUCCCCUCCACCACCCUGCCCCCAACUAACCCUGUACCCCCCACUAUUGCCUCCUCCACCACCCUGCCCCCAACUAACCCUUUUCAGAGCUAG